AUGUAUAAUAUAGAUCAUAAUAUAAAUAAUAAAAAUGAUAAUAUAGACAAUUAUAUAAACAAUAUAAACAAUAUUAAUAUUAAUAACAACAACAACAACAAAAACAACAAUAAUAAUAAUAAUACAGAAAGUUACAAUGAAAAAAAUUCAAUUUUGUUUUAUAAAAUUUGGAGAUUUAUUUUUUUAAAAAAGAAAAUAUUAUUUUUUGUUAAACUAUUCAAUAUUCAUUAUCAUAAAAGAUCAUACUACAAGUUUAUAGGUGAUAGUAAUUAUAAAUUUAUAGAUUAUUUAAGAUCAAUAGAGUUAAAUUUAAAGAGUGUAGAAGAGCCAUGGAAUUUAAAGAAAUUAGGGUUACCUCCCAACACUGAGGAAGUUGAUAUGGGUAUUGGAGGAGAUUUUAGAAAUCAACCACCAGGAAAACAUCUCAAGAUUCCAAAGAAUCUCAAAAUAAAAACAUUUAAAUUUCCAUAUAGAUAUCAAGGCAAAGUUAAAGCAGAAUUUAUCACACCACAUCUCGAAACUUUAAUCCUAUCAUAUUCUUUUAAUCAGCCAUUACACGAACUAUUUAAUUCAACAAACAGCAGAAAUUUGGUUUCAUUGAAUUUGGGAUGUGAUUUUGAUAGUCCAAUUCAAGAGGGUGUUCUCCCAGUAAAUUUAAAAUAUUUAAAACUAAGUGAUAGAUUCAAUCAUAGAUUAAUUGCUGGUGCUCUCCCACAAAGUUUAGAAUCUAUAGUGUUUGGAAAUGACUUUAAUCAGCCAUUGUUGCCUUUAGAUUUGCCAUCAAAUCUAGUCUCUAUCCAAUUUGGAAACUGCUUUGAUCAACCGCUUUAUUUUAUCAACGAUUCUAAAAAAAUAGUUCCAAUAUUACCACAACAAAGGCUAAAAUCUCUUGUAAUUGGCACUAGCUUUUCGCAAAGUAUAGAAGAAGGUUGCUUACCCACAACUUUAGAGACUUUAUCCAUUUCAAAUAGAUUUAUGACUGGGUAUAAAAAGAAAUUAAAGUUUUUCCCAUCUCCAAAUUUAACAAAGUUGUCAAUUAGUGCUGCGUAUCUAGGUGAUUUUAAAUAUCCAAAAUCAAUCAACCCACCGAGAUUAUUAAAGGUCAAAAUUUCAAACAAACAUUCAAAAAAUGUUGAUCUAUCCCAAGUACUACCUUCUUCAGUUACCCAUUUAACUCUAGAGAACUCGAAUUUUGUCAUAAAGAAAAACUCAUUACCAAAUUCUCUUAAAAAGCUAAAGGUAUCAAAAUCAGUCUCAUUCGAACCAAAUUCUAUUCCAUCAAGUGUUACAGAGAUAAAUGGAUGUCAUCCUGAUUUUAUUUCAAAAGUUGCACCAUCAUCCAUUUCAAAAUAUACAUUGCCAGCUCUAUCAAAUGAUUUUGUUAUUUCCAAUCCCCAAUCAAUUCCUUCAAAUAUCGAUUAUUUAAAAGUAGAUAAUAUUUCAAUAUUUGGCAUUUCUUUUUAUUCAAUGAAUUUUAUUAAAACACUAAUUCUCGAACCAGCUUUCGAUUUCGAUGUUGCAAUUAAACCAAAUGUUUUACCUCCAACCCUUGUAAAUUUAUCAUUCAACUAUGCAAAAAAAAUUGAACCUCAGGUUCUCCCUAACUCUAUUGAAUUGCUCGAAGUAGGAUCACAUUUUAAUCAAGAUAUAUCAACUGAAUGGUUACCAUUAUCUCUUCAAUCAUUUAUCAUUAAAGGAAAAGGAACAAUUAUAUCACUACCAGACACUAUCAGUGGAAUUUAUACAUUCAGCGGUAAUCAUUUAUUUUUGGAUAAAUUAAAUCUUACAGAAGAUUUAAUUAGUAUUCUAUAUUUCUAA